AAGAACUUGAUCAAACACGCCCAUCGCCAUGGCCUCCACCGCCGACCUCGACGCCCUCGUCAGGACCCGCGUCACUGACCCCAUCCCCGCCGAGACGCUCUUCCCCAUCCUCUCCACGGCGCCCUUUGUGCCCUCCAAGUCGCUCAUCAACGCCCGCGACAUCGGCGCCGUGCCCGGCAGCAACAUCCCCGCCGGCCGCAUCUUCCGCUGCGGCACGCUGCAGUACGCCAGCCAGGAUCCCGACGCCCUGGCCUGGAUCGGGGCCAACGUGCGCCGCAUCUUCGACCUGCGCAAGCCCGACGAGGUGGAGCGCGGGCCCGACCCGGAGAUUGCUGGCGUCGAGAAUGUCUGGCGGGCCGCGGCCAAGGACUACCAGACGCCGAGCCUGGCUGAGUUUGCAAAGGGCGAUGGCAGCGAGGCCUGGAGAAACCAGUAUCUGGCCGUGGCUCUGAGCUAUGCGCCCACUUACAAGGCCGUUCUCGAGCACAUCCGCGAUACGCCCACCGAGCCGUUUCUCUUCCACUGCACCGCUGGCCGCGAUCGCACCGGCGUGCUUGCCGGCUUGCUCCACCACCUCGCCGGCACGGCCUCGGACGAUGCCGUCCGCGACUACAUGCUCUCCCGCAUUGGCACCGAAGUUGCCCGCGACAAGCUCAUCCACUUCGCCCUGGAGAGCGUCGGAACAACCGACAUGGAGACGCCCGGCUUCUACAACCUCGUCGAGUUGCGGCCGCAGUACUGGAACGCCUUUGUCGACGGCCUUACGGAGCGCUAUGGCGGCUGGGACGGCUACGUGACCAAGGAGCUGGGGCUGUCGGAGGAGGAUCUCAACACUGUGAAGAAGAACAUUCGUUCCUAGUGUGGAGGGAGAAACGGGCUGUUUUUUGCUUUAUACACUGCUGUUGUUGUUGCUGUUGCUGCUGUUUGUGAUACCAUAAUAGACGCUGGAUACCUAGGAUACAGCCAAGAGGGGCAUGUUGGACUCAAUCAUGAUUCACACGAACCUAGACAUCUAGAUGGAUCUAUCUAGAGCAGCUAGACUAGAGCUAGGCCAACCAAAAAAGAAUUUGUCUCAAGUACAUAGUAUAAACAAAGAAAUAAAGCAAACAACAAAAAAUCAAGUUCAAUAACACAAAAA